AUGUCGACCUCUUCAGGCGUCCCCGAGUCCUGGAUCUCGAGUUUCUGCUCUUUGCUUGGCCAUGAGUACUUCGCCGAAGUCUCGGAGGAGUUCAUCGAGGAUGACUUCAACCUGACUGGCCUGCAAUCCCAGGUUGCUAUGUACAAGGAAGCAUUGGAGAUGAUCUUGGACGUGGAACCAGAGGACGAUGAUGAUGAGGAAGAAGAGGAGGAGGAGGAAGAUGAGAAUGAUUCAGACCCAGAACGUUUGACCAGAGCAUCUAGCGAGCGAAGGCACCACCGCAUGGCUAGUGACCUAUCAGUCAUUGAAUCCUCGGCUGAAAUGCUCUACGGUCUCAUCCACCAGCGCUUUAUCUGCUCGAGGGCUGGAAUCCAGCAAAUGAGUGAAAAGUACGAACUUGGCCACUUUGGCUGCUGUCCUCGGACAAAUUGUGACCAAGCUCGCACUCUACCCGUCGGUCUCUCUGACAUUCCUGGCGAAGACACAGUCAAACUUUUCUGUCCAUCAUGCUUAGACGUCUACGUCCCGCCCAACAGCCGCUUCCAGACCGUGGACGGUGCUUUCUUUGGCCGCACUUUUGGCUCCCUCUUCCUCCUCACUUUCCCAGAAUACGAUCUCACCAAGCGAGGUAUUGAGGUGCUUUCCUCCACCAGCUCGCGAGUCAAUGAUGGUGAUGGCCUCAUGAAUGGUAUGUAUGCUAAGAACAUCGGCCCUGGUCUGGGCCGUGAGCGUAUAUACGAGCCUCGCAUCUAUGGCUUCCGUGUUUCGGAGAGAGCUCGAUCUGGCCCCAGGAUGCAGUGGCUUCGUGAACGCCCGGCAGACAUCAACGAGCUUGAUGAAGCCCGACUCUACGCAGAACAGAAUCCGGACUCAGAAGAUGAUGACGACAAUGGUGGCCAGGUCGGCGUAAAUGGCCGAGUUAUGGUUCGUCGACGCCCGCCUGGAAACGCCCGCCUUCGCCAGAGACAAAACCAUAAUGGCAGUCCCAUGGCUCUGUCCACAAACGGAGCCGAAUCGGAGCUGUAG